AUUUGACGUAUUAAAGUCAAACUUUGUUUAAUCCUUUUUUGAUUUUAUUUUAUGUAGUUAUUAAUGGCAGAUGAAGAGUUAUAUUUAUUAUCACAAUACUUCUAAAUCUAAAAAUAUCUAGAAACCUUGAAAUUUGUCGAUCGUUGUAAUACGUACCUUACCGAAUCAAUAAGUGCGUCAUUAUCACUUCCAGUAUAAAUUUGAUGUUGAGAGCAUCACUAUCCAUUUCUGCAGUUUGUAUUAAAGAAUUUAGAUAUAUAAGUUUUGUUAGCAUCAUUUUGAUCCGUAAAAUGACCGAGAUAAAUACAGAUACAUUUUAUGAGGCUAUUUUGAAACUGACGAAAGAAGCGGGAAAGCUAAUAACAGAUAAUAUUAACAAUAGAAACAAACUAACAGAAGUAAAAGCAUCCGACAUAGAUUUAGUAACAGAAACAGAUAAAGCUGUCGAAAAAUUAUUAAUGGACGGUUUAUCAAAACAAUUCAAAGAUCACAAGUUCAUUGGAGAAGAAACUGUUAGCGCAGGUGGAAAUUUGCAUCUAACAGAUGCUCCAACUUGGAUCAUUGAUCCUAUUGAUGGUACCUUGAAUUUCAUACAUUCCUUUCCUCAUUCUUGUGUAUCUGUAGCACUAUUUAUUGAAAAAAAACCAGAGAUUGGUAUUAUUUAUAAUCCAAUGAUGAAUCAACUAUUCACUGCCAGGAGAGGCAAAGGAGCUUUUUUGAACGGGAAUCAGAUACAUGUUUCCAAUAAGAAAGCUUUAAAUGAAGCAUUGAUAAUGUUAGAAGGUGGUACCAGCCGAGAUACGGAAAAAAUGAAGACUGUGUAUCAAAACCAACAGAAGCUAAUGCCAAAAGUUCAAGGAUUAAGAGCACUGGGCUCUGCGGCUUUAAAUAUGGCGAUGGUAGCCCUAGGAGCAGCCGAUGCAUAUUUCGAAUUUGGUAUACACAUAUGGGAUAUUGCUGCGGGUGAAUUAAUCAUAAAAGAAGCAGGUGGUGUAGUUAUAGAUCCAUCGGGUGAUGAUUUGAAGAGGUUUUCUAGAAGAGUAUUAGCUGCGAGUUCGCCCGAGCUCGCAGAGAAGUUGUCUAAAGAGUUGGUGCAGUUUUAUCCCACUCCGGAUGAUAGUUAAAUCAUUUUUAACAUGUACGAGUGAAAUUUAUCCAGUCAAACAAAUCUAGCUUUUCUUCUCGGAACAUUUUAUUGUGUCCCAUCAUAUUUUCACAGUAUUUCGAAGACUCGAUAUGGACGGGUUAAUGAAAUUCCAGUUGUUUAUGUCAAUAAAUUUAUUUUUGUAAAUAAUAUUUUCAUAUUUAUAUAUUUACAAUCUCAAAUAUAUAUUAUGAAAUUAA